AGUCAGACCGUCCUGGGGGGAAGGAGGCCGGAGCCCGAGCGGCUGGUCGACCAUGCCUCGCUUCGCCCAGCUGGUCAUGGGUCCUGCGGGCAGCGGAAAGAGUACUUACUGUUCUACAAUGGUACAGCACUGUGAAACCCUUAAUCGAUCAGUUCAGGUUGUUAACCUGGAUCCAGCGGCAGAACACUUCAAUUAUUCUGUGAUGGCUGAUAUCCGAGAGCUGAUUGAAGUGGAUGAUGUAAUGGAGGAUGGUUCCUUAAAGUUUGGUCCCAAUGGUGGUUUGGUAUUUUGCAUGGAAUACUUUGCUAAUAAUUUUGACUGGCUUGAAAACUGCCUUGGACAUGUAGAAGAUGAUUAUAUCCUUUUUGACUGUCCAGGGCAGAUUGAACUAUAUACUCACCUGCCAGUGAUGAGACAGUUGGUUGAACAAUUACAGCAAUGGGAGUUCCGCGUCUGUGGUGUUUUUCUGGUGGAUUCUCAGUUUAUGGUGGAGUCAUUCAAGUUUAUCUCUGGUGUCAUGGCAGCACUCAGUGCAAUGGUGUCUCUAGAAAUUCCUCAGGUCAAUAUUAUGACCAAAAUGGAUUUGCUGAGCAAGAAAGCUAAAAAGGAAAUAGAGAAGUUUCUUGAUCCAGAUAUGUAUUCUUUGAUAGAGGAUUCUUCAGGUGUCUUAAAAAGUAAAAAGUUCAAGAAAAUGACUAAAGCUAUAUGUGGAUUGAUUGAUGACUACAGCAUGGUUCGAUUUUUACCAUAUGAUCAGUCUGAUGAAGAAAGCAUGAACAUCGUCCUGCAGCAUAUUGACUUUGCUAUUCAAUAUGGAGAAGACUUGGAAUUUAAGGAGCCAAAGGAAUCUGAAGAAGAUAGAUCAUCCAUGUUUGAUGAAUUUUUUCAGGCCCGAGGGGAUGAAUGAAGACUUUCCAAAAAGUGUGCUUAUGAAAUGUGAAGAGCUUAUGGGAGCCUUGAGUUAUUUUUCCCAUAGGAAGCUGUUUGGGUCAAGGUGAUAUUGAACUUCAGUUGGAAAGAAUACUUGUUCCAAUGUGAUUUGCUCAGAUCAGUAAUCCAGAGUUCAGUAUUUAAAAGCUAACAAUCCUCCCUGCAAACCUGCAGCUUCUUAGGAACUAAAUUUUGAGUUGGAAAGAUUUGCUGUCAUUUAUGGGCAGUAAGAUUUAACCUUUUUUUAAUUGUUGCUUUUGCUAUGUACAUUAAAAGUAGCUGAAUUUCAAAAUUUAGGGUUUUUUUCAUUGGUUUUCCAAAUUAUUGUAAAAUUGACAUACAAGAAAAAGUCAUAGUCUUUUCCCAGCUA